AUGAGCAACCUCAAGUUAGGGGUGUUGGUUGUGAGUGCUCAUGACCUUAUUGUGCCCAAAGAUGGGCGGGGCGCAGCCAGUGCAUUUGUGGAGCUCCACUUUGAUAAUCAGACAUUCCAAACCGUCACAAAAGAAAGAGAUGCCAAUCCUGUUUGGGAUCAAAGCUUCUACUUCAACAUCUCUGAUCCAAAACGCCUACCUAACCUCACUCUUGAAGCUCAUGUUUACCACUUUAAAGAAGACAGCUCCAAAUCUUUCCUUGGCAAGGUUUGUCUUCCUGUGAGAUCUUUAUCUGUCCCGUACUCUUUGCAGCACCACCCUCUGCGAAAAAAAGGCAUUUUGUUUAACUCACGUGUGAAAGGAGAGCUUGGUCUGAAAGUUUUUGUUAUUGAUGGAGAUGGCCAUGACCUUCCAAUGAACUCUGGGAUGCAUGAUGAGAUUGAGUCUCAACAACCACAGCCUGAACCGGAGUCUAAACCAGAGUCUUCUAAAGAUGAUGACUUGUCAUCAUCUUCGGAUUAUUUGCUGAAGGAGACAAAUCCUUACCUGGGAAGGGGGCAAAUUGUUCAAGGUCGAUUAGUACCUGGGGAUGUCAGCACCUAUGACCUUGUUGAAACAAUGCAUUACCUGUUUGUAUUAAUUGUAAAGGCCCGGCUCGACUUUGCUUUAAAUUCGGAGGAUGUGGCAGGGAGCCUUAAAACUUAUCUUGAAAUAAAAGUUGGGAAUUGCAAUGCAAUUACAAAACAUGUUGAGAGAAAACAGAACCCUGAAUGGAAUGAGGUAUUUGCCUUUGCAAAGGACUACAAUCUGGAGCCAUCUGCAUUGGAUGUUGUGGUCAAAGAUGAUGAUCAAUUUUUUGGGUCUUUGCAUUUUGAUCUCAAGGAAUUUACUACACGAGUUCCACCUGAUAAGCCAGGGGCUCCAAAAUGGUAUCAGAUAGAAGACAAGGAUGUGGAGAUCAAGAAGAAAGGGGAACUGAAGCUGGCUGUGUGGCAUGGCACCCAAGCAGAUGUGGCUUUUCCAUAUGCCUGGCAUUCUGAUGCCAGCCUUCCUCCUCAUGUUUCUUCAGAUGCUGAUGCGCAUAUCCGAGCAAAAGUUUACCAUUCGCCAAGAUUAUGGUACAUACGGGUAAAAGUGAUUGAGGCACACGACUUGGUUGCAUCUGACAAGUCUCGUGUCCCCGAGGCAUAUGCACAAGUGAUGAUUGGUAAUCAGUGUUUGAAGACAAAGAUAUUUUCACAACCAAGAAAAGAAGAGACAGAAACAGCUCAAUCUCCAAUAUUGAACCCAGUGUGGAAUGAGGACCUGAUGUUUGUUGCUGCUCAACCCUUUGGCGAUGAUCAACAUCUGAUGGUUUCAGUUGAAGACCGCGUAAGUCCAGACAAAGACGAGACCUUAGGAAAGGUAGCCAUAGCAUUAAACUCUAUUGAGAAGCCUACUGAUGAUCAAAGUAUCUCUAGCCAGUGGUUUACCCUUGAAACCUCAAUAAUGUCAGAUUCUAUGAAGGGGAAGCAGCAGAGCAAAGACAAAGAUGAAAAGUUAUCCAGUAGAAUACAUCUCCAUGUUUGUCUUGAAGGAGGGUACCAUGCGCUUGAUGAGCCAACUAACUACAGCAGCGACCUUCAACCGGCAGCUACACAAAUCUGGAAGCCAUGUAUAGGGGUCAUAGAACUCGGAGUUCUAAAUGCUUCAGAGCUACUCCCAAUGAAAACAAGGGAGGGGAAGGAUACAUCAGACACAUAUUGUGUAGCAAAGUAUGGGCACAAAUGGGUUCGUACUCGAACCAUAACUGACAGCCUAAGCCCAAAAUUCAAUGAGCAACACACUUGGGAUGUAUACGAUCUUCACACAGUUCUCACGGUGGGGGUUUUCGAUAACAGUCGGGUUGGUAACCAUGCAAAUGGAAACAAAGAUGAGAAAUUUGGCAAGGUCCAGAUUCGAAUCUCCACCCUUGAGUCUGGCCGUGUCUACACUUUCUCUUAUCCAUUGAUAUCACUUCGUCCUUCGGGUGUCAAGAAGACGGGUGAAUUGCACCUUGCAGUUAGAUUUUCAUGCACAUCACUGGUAAACAUGAUGUUUCUAUACUCCCAACCCCUUUUGACUGGCAUGCAGCAAGACAUGUUGUAUGACCAAGCUGUGUUGAUGGUGGCAGAUAGUCUUGGUCUUGAGAAGGAAGUAGUUCAAUACACUUCCUCUAAUGCAGAAGGGUCUGAUGUUUGGAGCGUGAGGCGCAGCAAGGCAAACGUUUUCAGGCUUAUGUCAGUUUUCUCUGGGUUGGUUGGUGUUGCACAAUGGUUUGGAGAAGUACGCGUGUGGAAAAAUCCCCUUACGACAGCUCUAGUGCAUGUCCUGUUUGUGAUGAUCAUAAGCUCUCCACAGCUGAUCUUGCCGACUGUUUUCCUCUACAUGUUUGUUACAGGGAUUUGGAAUUUCCAGUACCGACCAAGAUACCCUGCUCACAUGGACACAAAGCUCUCACAAGCAGAUUCUGUGCUCCCCGAUGAGCUUGACGAAGAACUUCACACACUCCCAACAUCAACAUUAGAUCUUCCAGAUGAUAUAGUCCGGAUGAGGUAUGAUCGCUUGAGGAGUAUUGCCGGAAGGUUUCAAAAUAUGAUGGGUGAUGUUGCUACUGAAUUGGAGCGGAUUCAGGAAAUUCUCAGAUGGCCCGAUUCUCAUGCCAAAGCUAUGUUUGCUAUAUUCUGUCUUGUGGCUGCUGUUGUGUUUUAUUUUACACCUUUCCAGGUUGUGGUUCUUGUUGCCGGGUUUUACUACAUGAGGCACCCCAAAUACAGGAGCAAGAUGCCAGUACCAUCAGCCCUGGUUAACUUCUUCCAACGCCUGCCAGCCAAGACAGAUUAUAUGUUGUAA